UCUGUGUAAGAUCAGCUAUCAGGUUGGAGUGAAACUUUAUCUUCCUCUUUAACUGCUGACCAGAGCGGUCUGACACGGGGGGGGGGGUUCAGCUAAAGUUAGGGACAGACACAGCGACUGGGUCAGGGCGAGCGAGUUCUCCCUGCAAUACACACAACAUCAUUACAAACAUCUGAUGUGCAGCAUUGCAAAGAAAAACAGCGAGACAGAUACUCCGUAGAAUUCUGAUGGACGUUUAGUGCAUUUACAAAGAGUAUUUCCGUACAGCUGGUGUUUCCUCUCCUCAAACCUACUCCACUUCCCCUUCAGUGUGGUGUGAAGAAGAGUGAAAAACGAAAGAGAACGCACACCAACUGGUUGAUUCUACUGAAACACAUGUCUCAACAGGACGAGCGUUACAUUAGGAAAAAAAGCUUAAGGUGCUGCGAGUGUAACUCUACACUCUCUCACUGGUACUAUGAAAGAGAUGGACAGCAUUACUGCAAGAAAGACUACUGGGUUCGCUUCGGAGAACAGUGUUGUGGCUGCUCAGAGAUCAUCACCACCGGCGUCAUUAUGGUGGCGGGAGAGCGCAAGUAUCAUUCAGAGUGUUUCAUCUGUGAUCACUGCAGCAUGUUUAUUGGAGAUGGGGAUUCCUAUAUUCUAGUGGACCAUUCCAAAUUAUACUGUGACCACUGUUAUUAUCAGCAAGCAUCAGCAAGGCAUCCAGGAGCAGGAUCUUCCAGGCGUCCACACACUGUGGCACUGGUGUCAUUUCCUCCUUCUACAGAGAGCAAGAGAGGUCUCUUGUUUUCUGUGGCUCAGUGCCCUGUCAGUGGAAACAGCCCCAUUAUCAAAGUAACCAAGUUAGAUAAGAUCAAGACCAGUCCUGAAAUUAAGGAAAUGAUUCACGUUGGAGACACUGUUCAUGAAAUUAAUGGAAUCUUGGUCCAAAACAUUCCACUCAGUGAGAUCGACUUGAUGAUCAAUGACAUUGAGCACUGCCUGAAACUCACCGUCGAACACAACCCUGAAGAUCUUUCCAGUCCGGAGCAUCAAUCAUGUCUGUUGGACGAGGAAGCAGACCAACCAGGGAAAUUAGACAUCUUCACAACUCUUACCCACAGCGUUCAUUAUCGUGCCAAACACGUAAUGCGCAGUUGCAGCAUCGAGAAAAGCCCAUGUUCCCAAAGCCAUUUGCCUCUGCUCGCUCACAGGAGAAACAUUAAUCGAUCUGAAUCUUUGCGAGUUGAUUCGAUCAACAAAACAGAGCGCAUCUUCCGUCCUUCAGACCUCAUAUACGGGGAAGUGAUUGGCAGGGGCAGCUUCGGCCAAGCCAUCAAGGUGACACAUCAGAAAACAGGCGAGGUCAUGGUGAUGAAGGAACUUCUACGUUUCGAUGAAGAGACCCAGAUGACAUUUCUCAAAGAGGUGAAAGUGAUGCGCUGUCUGGAUCACCCAAAUGUCCUGAAGUUUAUAGGAGUUCUUUACAAAGACAAGCGAGUAAACUUCAUCUCAGAGUAUGUGCAAGGAGGAACUUUGAGGGAAACCAUACAGAAAAUGGACAACAAUUAUCCAUGGAAACUAAGAGUAAGCUAUGCAAAGGACAUUUCUGCAGGAAUGGCCUAUCUGCAUUCCGUGAAUAUGAUCCAUCGAGAUCUGAACUCACACAACUGCUUUGUUAGACAGAACCAUUCUGUUGUGGUGGCAGACUUCGGGCUGGCUCGACUCCAGAGAGAGGAUAACUCUCAGACCAAGAACUCUUCUCCUGAGCAAGCAUCAAAACAGAGUAAGGCACACAGAAAAAAAAGAUAUACAGUGGUGGGGAACCCAUACUGGAUGGCACCCGAGAUGAUCCGAGGUAUUAGCUACGAUGAACGUGUCGAUGUCUUCUCGUUUGGAAUCAUUCUCUGUGAGCUUAUUGGCAGAGUGUACGCUGAUCCAGACGAUCUCCCACGCACUAUGGAAUUUGGACUAGGUGUCAAGGAAUUUCUAACGCGCUACUAUCCGGCAGAAUGUCCAUCGGCUUUCUUUCCUCUCGCUGUUUUUUGUUGUGACUUAGACGCUGGAAAAAGGCCCUCAUUCCCAAAACUAGAAGAAUGGCUUAAGAGCUUGCUAAUGCACCUCGACAUCAGACUUCCUCUCAUCUCAGAACUGGAUAAGGAACAGAAAGCAUUUUGGGAACAACACAGUAAACCUGGGCACGAAAAUGGUUUCAAGUCUGAACAAAAAGAGAAGCGAGUGUCGAGCCAGGAGUGAUGCUCUGGGGAUUAUUCCUCACUGUGGACGAGCUAAGAACAAACUGUGAAGGGACAAUUUAGUUAUGACUACGGUCAUUUCAAGAUAAUCAGGGGGUCCCUUAUGAUGGCAAUUUUUUUCUUUUUUUUUUAUUGCAGGCGAAUUGAUUAAUGAAAAGGGAGCAUGUAGCCACAGUAACACAUUUAUAAGACUAUCUGAGAAAGUACACAUUAAAACAAAUGCUGGAGGUUACCAGAAGUUCUCACAUUUUUGUCUUAUUUACUGAUUAAUUUAUAAAAAAUGUGAAUUGUAAUGUGAAUGCAAUAAUCCAGGUACAAACUGGCUAAUGUUGUACAGUACAAACUUUCUUUUUAUUUUCGCUAAUAUCUACACAUUAUUUAUUUAUAUAAACAGUGUGUAUUUAUUUCAAGUACAG